CCGGAGAUCAAGCCAGUAAUAUCAUCAAGCAAUGGUUUGUUUCUGCUUUUUGGUGGACCAGAAGAGGAUGGUGAGGCGGAGCAAGCCCGCGGCAGGGACGUGUUCGAGGUGCGGCGGUGGUGCGAGCGUGGCGGAUAUGAGGACGGCGACGAGGUUUUGUUACGUGCCGUUGUACUGGAAAUCUUGGAAAGCCGUUGUUUGUACUUUUUGUGGAGCUAUUCUCAAAUCUUACAGAUGAUCAUAUCAAAUUCAAAGUUGUGAAAUCCGUUCCGUACCGGCUAGUGCCGGCCGGUACGUACCGUACCAGAGCUUAAACGGAACGCAAAGACUAGAGAUCCGUACCGCUCGAAAUACCGGGCUGUUCCAACAAAUACCAGAUGUACCGGACAAUACCGGUGUGUUUCGGACAUUUUCCGGUGUUCCGGCGGUACAAAUUUACACUGUGUUUUUUUUCACGUGAGUGCCGAACGCGUGCUUCAGUGCUUGUGUGGCUAACCUGAGAAACGACACAGUAAGGCAGGGAGUAUAGGAGUAAGAUGUGAAGGAGAGAAAUGAUCCAGUGAGUAUAGGAGUAGUAUAUCAACUGUGUUGAGGACCCUUUUUUUUAUUUUUGAACCAACUGUUUUGAGAACUUGGUUUGCAUAUGAAUUAGUCAAUAGAUGAGUAGUUCAAUGAAUGAAAUCUGCUGGUUUAUUGUUUGAAA